AUGUCAAAAAGGGCGCCAUCAGGUCAGCCCGGCUGGGAAGAUCAACCCACGGCGCAACACACAAUGUCCUCCACAUACAGCAACGGAUCUCCCAUAGGUGAUGACAGUGGCUUCGAGAGUGAAGACCAGUAUCUAUACCUCGAUGAUGGUAGUGCAAGACACCCUCCAUUGGAGGAUGUCAACGGGAAGGUCAUCAUCACAGAGGAAGACGUCGAAGCUUUGAGGAAGAGACUGAAGAAGCUCAAGGCUGCAGAGCGAGAUCAAGCCGCCCAGGCUGCUGACGAAGCGAGCGAUGAAGCUGUAUUCGAAGACGACAAUGUCAGUGCCUAUCAGGAAGACGAUAUCGACGUUCAGACGAAGAAGGCUGCUCCGGACUCCUUGUCACAGGGAGACUACUUCGCCUUCGAUCCCAACGGCACGAGCGUUGCCAGCAGUCACGAAACCUCCCAGCGCUUCCCAUCCCCUCUCCUCCCGAGUUUCGACAACAGCAACAGCUACUCGCCGUUACCUACACUUCCACCAAGACGAACAUCGUCAGCGGUGAUCUCCUCUCGAAAGUCAUCAGUCACAGGCCACUACAGACGGUAUUCGAAAUCGCCUUCAUGGUCACACAUUGACCGCAUCCUCUCGCCAAACGAUCUCGAGAUAUAUAACACCAUCGAGUCCCAGCGGAGACGUCGUCUUACACUAGACAGCAGAGACCAGCAGCCCGACAAUGUUCGAGAGCUGGGUAUCCCUGUUAAGUUCGACGUCCAUAUCAAGAUCUUGGUUAACAGUCGGCCACUGUUCGUAUGUGACUGGGACACCGAGACCGAAACCGUUCGCGCACGUCGCAUCAUACUGGAGAGCUACAAGUACAUGAGCUAUGCUCCGUUGGAAACUCUCGUCCACGAGCAGUGUACUGACUUGUGGCGCGAAGCCCAGCAGAUCAUUGCUGGGAGCGACUCAGACGAUGACGAUAUGCUGUUACCAUCUCGAAAGCCCGUCGAGGUGAACAGUGCACUGUGGAGCGAGGACGACGGCGAGUGCACGUGGACUGGACCAGACGAGCUCGAUCUCACGGGUGGUCGCGCACUGCUCAAGCUCCAAGAGGAUGGCUCCUGCGCUGAUAUGACCAUUGCACGGACGAUCUUAUACGGCAACGAGGCUAAGAACUUGAAGGAGCUACGAUACGAAGAAUGGUGGAAGAGAAUCGUCGACGAUGGUGUCCUGGCCAGAUACUGCGUUGAGUUCACGAUCGACAUGGUGCUCAAGGUCUGA